CUUUCAUUGGUUUUUUUUUUUCAAAGCAAAAAUGCAAGUUUUGGAGCUGAACAUGUUACCAGAGAGCUGCGUUGCCGAGAUUCUGUCCCUCACAUCUCCUUCAUACGCUUGUAGAUCAUCGUUGGUUUCGACCACUUUUCGAUCGGCGGCGGAUUCCGAUUACGUCUGGGGCAAGUUCUUGCCGUCUGAAUACCAUGAAAGUGUGUGGGAGGCUUGUGAUGCAAGUUUCCAGUUUUGUUCGAAGAAGGAGCUUUAUUUCCUCCUCUGCAACCCUCUUCUUGUUGGCGAUGGCAAGAUGAGUUUCAGAUUAGAGAGAUCGAGUGGAAGAAUGUCAUAUAUAAUAUCAGCAAGGGAGCUUUCUAUAACGUGGAGCAAUGAUCCAAUGCUUUGGGUUUGGAAAUCCAUCCCUGAAUCAAGGUUCUCGGAGGUGGCUGAACUCGUUACCACAAGCUGGCUGGAAAUCAAUGGCAAAAUCACAACCAAAAUGCUUUCUCCCAACACAAAUUACGGAGCUUUUCUCAUUCUUAAAACCACCGAGAGAUCAUUCGGACUCGAUUUAAUACCGUGCGAGACGUCGAUCGAAAUCGGGAGCCGGACGUUGAAGAACACGGCAUAUAUGCGAUGCCAAGACGCCAAGAAACAACAAAUAGAAACCCUGUUUUAUUCCAACAGGAAAGAGAUGAUGAAGUCGAGGGUGGUUAAAGGAGACGAUGGGGUGAUGAGUAAAAGAGAAGAUGGAUGGAUGGAGAUGGAGCUGGGGGAGUUCUUCAAUGGCGGAUUCGGUGACGAACAAGUGAAGAUGGGUUUGAUGGAAAUAAAGGGUCAUCAGCUUAAAGGUGGGGUUAUAAUUGAAGGCAUUGAAAUCAGGCCAAAAACAUAAAAGUUCCAGGGACUAGAGCAAGAUAUUUCCCCUUUUUUUUGUUUCCUUAGAUUCUGGUUUGAUCAAGAUAGGGGCGUGAUUUGUUUUUGUU